GUCACUUUGACGUCGUAAAGGUUCUUGUAUGUGGCACGGAAUUUGAACCAUAGUUCCUAAUUUGCAUAUAAUAUCAGAUACAGUUCAAAUAUGAUUAAAUCACUCAUAAAUUAUUUUUUCUACUUUGAUAUUAUUUUCAAAUUAUUGUGUACCACAAUAAUGGUAAAUUAAACAAAAUAUAUAUAAAGGAGCAGCCACUUGCUAGUGUUGCGCUAAAAAUUGACAUCGUAAAAACCCCAGUUUGCUAUUAUGAUUAAUAGCUGAUCUUUCAAACUGCAUUAUAAGUCAUAAGAUUUAUUAAUGUUGAAAACAUGUGGAUAUUUAAUACAAAUAUGUUUAGAAUCGUCGUCGGCGCUGCGAUAAUAUCCACAGUAUUGUGUUCAAGUGAGCCUGUUAGUGCAGCAAGUAAAAGAAACUUUAUUUACGAUACCUAUGAGUAUGACAAGAUUGUUAAAGUGUUUGUCAACGACUCCACAGAGCAGAUUAUGGAAUUUUCUGAGAAAUCGGAGCUUUUGAAUGGAUUUCCUACUCGUGUUCACGUCUCCACCAAUGACAUGCUGAGUCCUGAUAACCCUGUCUUUGUAACUGCUACACAGCAGAAAGGCGUGUCGUCGUGGGAGUUGCCGCUGCUGGUGCAGACGCAGAGCGGCGCGGUGCUGUUCACCACCAUGGCGCGGACGCUGUGCCCGCAUGAUGCUGGACCCGAUAUAAAGACUGAGAACCGCCCCAUGAUCCACAUCAGCACGUCGAACAGAAGCAACGUGACGGUGGACAUCAAGCUGCGGCGCGUCGCGGACUUCUACGUCGAUGUCAACAAGAAGGUGGAGCUGAGCGUGACCCCGAGCACCCCGAAGUACUACUUCUUCUCGUUCGACCAGCAUCCGUGGAACAUCAGCCACCCGGAGGCCGGGAUCGGACCCAAGUUUAACUACACGAUCCCCAAGAGCGUGAUCCUGAUGGUGGACUCGGACACGGACGUGUGCGCCACCGUGUCCAUACAGAACAACUCGUGCCCGGUGUUCGACAACGAGAAGGAGGUGCUGUACAAGGGCUACCACCUCACCAUGAUGAGCAAGGGCGGCAUCACGCUCACCCAAUCGAUGUUCCCCUCCGGGUUCUACAUCGUGUUCAUCGUGAACGAGAACGACGAGGCCUGCACCGGCUCCUCCGCGCAGCGACAACUGUGGGACGAUAACAGGGCGAAGAACUUCACGUUCGUGGUGGUGGCGACGGUGUCAUACCGCGAGUACGUGGUGGGCGCGCUGGUGACGCUGGCGCUGGUGGCGCUCGUGGCGCUGCUCGUGCUGCUGGCGCUGGUGGCCUGCACCUGCCGCUGUACUGAGACAGUGACGAUCAUAGAGGAGGAGCCGAUAGCGCAGGCCUCGACGUCGGGCGAGUCCGCGCCCAGCCGCGGCGGGGCCCUCAGCGGCGGGGCCCACAGCGACGGGGCCCACAGCGGCGGGGCCCACAGCGACGGGGAGGCUGACGAUGAGCAGUGGUCUCGCUCGCACCCGCUCACCGUGCACAAGCUGACGCGCGCGCCGCCAGAGACCUUCACCAGGAGGUCCGACAGGUACUUCUGGGGCGCGCUGACGGUGGGCGUGGUGUACGCGCUGCCCGUCGUGCAGCUGCUGUUCACGUACCAGCGGAUGGUAUUCCAGACCGGAGACCAGGACCUGUGCUACUACAACUUCCUGUGCGCGCACCCGCUGGGCUUCCUGUCGGACUUCAACCACGUGUACUCCAACGUGGGCUACGUGCUGCUGGGCGCGGUGUUCCUGGGGCAAGUGCGCUACCGGCAGCUCAAGAGCAGGGGCAUGCCGCAGGACAUGGGCAUCCCACAGCACUACGGUCUGCUGUACAGCAUGGGGCUGGGCCUGGUCAUGGAGGGUCUGCUCUCCGCGUGCUACCAUCUCUGCCCCAACAAGAUGAACUUCCAGUUUGACUCGUCGUUCAUGUACGUGAUCGCGGUGCUGGUGAUGAUCAAGUUGUACCAGAACCGGCACUCGGACAUCAUCCCCAGCGCGCACACCACCUUCAUGAUCAUCGCCGUAAUCAUGACGCUCGGUCUGUUCGGCAUCCUGUUCCCGAGCGUGGCGUUCUCGAUCCUGUUCACGAUCCUGCACAUGCUCACCUGCUUCGUGCUCACGCUCAAGAUAUACUACGCCGGCAGCUUUAAAAUGGAGUGGGGCGCGGCGGGCCGCGGGGUGUCGGCCGUGCGCGCGGGGGGGCUGCGCGCGCUGCGCCCCGCACACCGCGCGCGCGCCGCGCUGCUCGCGCUCGCCAACAUCGCCAACUGGGCCUUCGCCAUAUACAGCGCUUACGAGCACAACAAGGACUUCGCCCGCCAGCUGCUGGCCAUCCUGAUGGGUAACGCGAUCCUGUACACGCUGUUCUACGUGGCCAUGAAGCUGGUCCACCGCGAGCGCCUGGCGCCCCACACGUGGCUGUACGCGGUCCUCGCGCACGUCGCCUGGUUCGCCGCGCUCAGGCUCUUCCUCGACUCCAAGACUAAGUGGUCGCAAACCCCGGCCCAGUCCCGGCAACACAACGCGGCCUGCUCCUCCCUCCAGCUGUUCGACUCUCACGACGCGUGGCACGUGGCCUCCGCCGCCGCCAUGUUCCUCUCCUUCAACAUGCUGCUCACGGUCGACGACCCCGCCGCCAACACGCCCAGGCAUGUCCUGCACACCUUCUGAACAACUGUGUUAAUAGGAGGAAUUUGAACGACAGACAAAACUCGAUAGCUGGCACUUUAAAUAGUACAGACACCGCGGAUAGCAGAAUGUUACAAGUCAGCACUCUGAUGACUACUUUGCUCAGCGAUCAACAUGUUUGUUCUUAAUUUUAUAUUAUUUUACCUUUUUGUACUUGUAAACCCUGCGAGACUAUGAUUAGAACCCUUAGUGUGUGAGACAAAUUUGCAAAUAAACACUUUGACUUUGACAUUGUAUAAAAAACUGCGAUUAUCCCAUCAAUGUACAGUUGUUUGAUCAACUAAGCUUCCGAUGUCAAUGACCGAAAGUACAAAUCUUUCCAUCGUGAUGCCUUAUGAGCUAAAUAUUACAAUUGGUUUUGUCUGUGGUUCAAAAUUGUUCUUUACACUAUAGAUAUAUUUAAUUACAAAUAACAAUAUUAAAAGUAAUAUAUGUGAUAUCGAAUAAAAUAAGAAAGUCCACGAUGCUACUUAUGUUAAAAAAAAAGAUAUUUAUAAAUAGGUUAUUGAAGCCCAUAGAAAAACAUUUAGGAAUUAGCUUGUCAAGUGUGCUUCCUAUUUCAAAAUGCUUGAUAAGGCAUAUAUUUAUUUAUUUAAGUUCCAAAACUCACUUAUAUGUCUAUUUAUUCAGCGGUUGUCGUUGUCGAAGCGAGAUGCCGCUACGCAGUGUAUGGCUGUCUCGCUUCCACAAUGACUUACGUAGAUGAGUUACUGUUUGACGAAUCCCUCAAAUGUAUUGAACUGACAAGUCACAGUCACGUCACUUGUCGAAGAGGAAUGUCAUUCACAUACAUUUGAAGUUUUCUAUUUGUUUUCCAUUGUUGCACUGCAUGGAUAUAUCCGAGUGGUUGAGGUGACCGCGCCAAACCCACUGUGCGUGUGUCGCGGGUUCGAUCCCCGAGUAGAACAAGUAU